CAGCAGCAGACGCGUCUCCUGCUCACUCCCGCUCUUCAGCAUCUUCUUCUGGUUCAUGGAUUAUACAGUUUCCCUCCAAGUGCAACAUCAGCUGGCGGUGUUCCCGACGCAUUUCCAUCAGGGCUACAGCGUGGAGUUACAGAUGAAGUCAACAGAGGUGGACCAAGGGCUUUUCACAGACAGCUACUGCAAAGUGUGCAGCGCUCAGCUCAUUUCCGAGUCCCAGCGGGUCGCCCAUUAUGAGAGUCGGAAACAUGCCAACAAAGUGCGACUGUAUUACAUGCUACAUCCUGUGGAUGGAGGUUGCCCUGCCAAGAAGCUCAGAUCAGACAAUGGCAGUGACGACGGCGAUGUGGACAAGAAUAAAUGCUGCACACUGUGUAACAUGUCCUUCACCUCAGCGGUUGUGGCACAGUCACACUACCAGGGUAAAAUCCACGCAAAGAGGCUAAAACUACUACUGGGAGAGCAGCCUGCCAUCACAACCAAAGAGGCAUCCCCCAGUCCUGUUAAGACCUCCCCAGAAGCAUCUCCUAUGACCUCCCCACGACAGCGCCGUGACUCAGACCGCUACUGCCAGCUAUGCAACGCCUGGUUCAACAACCCUGGCAUGGCUCAGCAACAUUAUGAUGGCAAAAAGCACAAGAAGAACGCUGCCAGAGCAGAUCUCCUGGAGCAGCUGGGAAAGACCCUGGACAUGGGAGUGAUGAAAGGUCUGAAGCGAAGCUACUCCUGUGAAGUCUGCAGCGUCACACUCAACUCAGUGGCACAGUACCAUGCACAUCUGCAGGGCUCAAAGCACCAAAACAAUCUGAAGAAUCAGAUAUGUGUCCAGUGAGCGUGGGACGCCGAUUAAAAAAAAACAAAAACUACUACUGGAUUGAUGUCAGACAAGCUGUGUUCAGCUUGCCCUGCUUUUUCUGCCUCCGCCAUGCUUUUCGCUCCUCUCAAAACUAUUUCAAUUUCUCUCCUCAUCUCUCCAUUUCCAUCUCUCUGGCUUUUUACUCUGUCUGUUUUGGAUUUUUUUUUUCUAACACUAGAACUGCAUCAGCUCCCUCACCUUUCAAUAUAAAGUGCAGUUCCUGCACAUUGUUAGCCACUCCCAAACCAUAAACCUUCACACUGCGGCUGUAUUCUCUGCUCUUUUUUCCUUUUUCUUGUUUUUAAUUAUUUGUUUUUUCAGUCCACUGACCAUCUGAGAAUAUUAAAGUGGAUCUGAUACGCAGCAGCCUUUCUAACAUGCAUGGACUGAAUUUAGCUUUAUUUUUCACAUGUUAAGUACUGUAAGUGGAAUUAAGAAUAUAAGGGUUUGUUUGCGUUUGCUCAGUUUUAAUGUAACACAUGCAUAGUGUCUAACAUUGUUAAAUCAUUGCCCUAAAUUAUGUAAGGUAACAGUGUAAUUUAGUGCAUACAUUCUGGACCUAAAUCCUCUUGUAGCUUUUAAGGGGUUAAUGGCAAUAAUGACACUAGUAGAAGUCUAACAAUAAGUUGCAUUGGUAUUGUCUUCUAUUGGCCAUACUGAAGACUAAAUUGCUCUUUUUUCUUGGGUUUUGGUUGUGCUGUAAGAAGACCACCAGAACUGGUGAGAUUUGUCUGCAUCUACACAGGAUUACAAGUUUCAAAUAGAAGCUUUCAACACUUUUAAUUUGCCAGUACUGGGACCAUGGUAAGAACUUUGCUUUCACCAUGUUAAUUGCUGUGAUCUGGGAACAACUAACAUCACUGUAAAGCAAUCAAGUGGGGUAAGAAACUGUCAAACAAUCAGACAAGUCAGAAAAAGUUAGCCAAACUCUAUCCAUGUACCCCAGCAUCAUCCCAAGCAAAGCAGCACAGAUAUUUUUCUCCUCGGGUCCUCCAGGAUACCUAGCUCAUCUGCCCCAAGUUCUCCACCCAGUUAGCUUCGUUUCAGCAUGAAAGGAUUUGCGUUGCAAGCUCUUGAGGUGGGAGUAUUCUUCUGCAGACAUACAAAGAAAAGAGCGCUAUUACCAGUUGAUUCCAUUGGUACCAAAUCAUUUGCAUGAACUAGACUUAGAAACAGGAACCGUCUAACUAAAAGAACUCUUUGAUGUCUGGAGCACCCUUGUCCUACAGCUUUGCAUCAUGGGAAGUGAAGGGCUGCCUCAAAGAAUUUCUAGAACAUUCCAAAAGACUGAAAGUCACACAUACACUCAAUCUUUUCCAUGUAUAAGGCCAUCCAGACAUUAUUACCACACUGGUUGUGCCAUUGUAAUCCGACAUCUUCAGCUAACUCUGGGCUUCACGUUGAGCUACUCUGUCUGGUUGUCUGGGUUUCAUGUUUCUUGCCCCUGUAGAAAUUUGUCUUUGUUUUAAAGCAGUCCCAGAUGACUUCAAUAAUAAAAAGUUAUCUGUUAUCAUCAUUGACAGAAACGAUGUCAAAAUCAAACAAAAAAUUACAUUAAAGUUGUUUUUAAGGUGUGAAAAAAGUUCUGGGAUUGGGCCUGAUAUAUAUAAUACACAUGCAUAUGUUUGCGUGCGUUAAAACCUUACCUGAUUUCAAUUUGGAUCAGUUCAAGAUCAUCUUUUUAGGUUCAGACAGCUUCCAGCGCAGCUAUUUUUAGAUCCCUCUCUGGAAGUUCUGUUCUGACCAUUUACAUUUACAAACUUUCACAAUGGACCACCUUCAAAUUAUGUUUGAAAGUGACAUAAAUUUCAAAGCCUAAUGGUAGGUGAUGAUCGAGACCAGAAGCAUGGUUGUUGUUACUCAUUCACUGGAUUUUGCACCAUGACAAAGUGAGACUGUCAACACCAUGCUCCUGUGGGAUCUGAGGGAGAACACUGACAGAAAAUUACCUGUCUUGUGCCACCAUACUGUAAUUAUCUGUCAUGUUUGGCCACACAAACACACUGCGCUGGGAGAGCCAGUGGAAAUUACAGAGGCACAAGUAGUGGUAGACAAAAUGUGACUUCCACAGACUGAUCUGAAAAGCUGAUCUUGAAUUUUUCUGGUAUGGUUUAAAUUGGGAAAAGUUUUAAAUUUUUCUAGGCCUCGUCCAGGAAGUUGUUGAUCACACCUGUUACAAAGAACAGCUAGGUUUCUCUUGGUUAUAAAAAGAUGUCACCAGACAUGAUCUCUACCGCACGUUGAAAAGAGAGACUUUGUUUUGUUUUAAAUUGCUGUCCAAUGCAGCAUAUACAGUCUAUUAUAUAUAGUCAGUGUUUCAAAAAAUAUAUAUUUCCUUUCAUUUCAGUAUGGUCUUCAUCUCAGGGAGGUGUAACUGGAUGCUUUUGUGAAAUUUAACAAUGCUGUUGAGAGCUGAACAUUCAAAUGUACUGAAUCCAUUCCACCAUAGAGACUUGUAGAAUGUGUUGGUAGAUGAGGUAGAAAGGACUGAAGUAUAACUGUAAUGGUUUCACAGUAUUUGAUAUUGAUGUGAAGUGUUUUAAAGGGUAAUUCAGCUUUACAUAUAUAGACAGUAUAUAUAUUAUUCAAAGCUUAUGUAGCAUUCUUCUUUCUUACAUGUCAUGUCAAGAAAUUAAAGAUGUUGACUUAAAAGCCAGUAUUGUAUAAAUGAGCACUAUGAGGAAAACUAUAGAUGAGUAAUAUAUCACUGUUGUGGACCAGAUUAAGUUGUAAUUGCUAUCUGUUUACAAUGCAAGUGAUUUUAUCUACUAUCGUUUUCAGUGCUGUGUCAACUGCAGACCUGUGUUUGAUUAACAUGUAGCUUUGACUGUGUCGUUAAAGCGUUUAAUUUCUCAGACCUCUAAGGUUAUUGACAGCUGAAAUCACUUAAAUAUGGAGCUGGAGAUUUGUACUGUAGAGGAAAAGAAAAAGAUUAUCAUCUUGAUUUGAAAAGUGGAAGAAUUGUCGCUGGCUGAUGUCAGAGCCGCCAGCUGAUGUGUGAGAUGCCACCGCCAACGACAUUAUGAAUAAUUUCUAGAAAUGUGUUUUUUAAUAUUGCAAAUAAGACAUGCACGUAUGAUUUGUUAUUGCAACGAGGAAAAAAAAUGAAUUGCAUUGCUCAGCCUGAGUAAUAACGUCUCUGUCCAGGCGUUGCUUUGAAUCAGUCAUUUCUCCUUCAUCACAGGAUGUCCUUUGCUCAUACACCCCCUAGUCCUGUUGUGCUCUGGGUUAUGUGCUUUAUUGUGUCUGAGAAACGAAUAAAAGACA